GUUGACAGAGAGGCCGAAAGACCAACAGAGAGGAUUAAAGACUAGAUGGCAGCCAGACAGACAGACAGAUAGACAGGCAGGACGACAGACAGACCAACAGCAGACAGUCAGGACGCCAAUAUGACGGAAGACAGAUCGACAGACACAACGACAGACUGAACGGUAGACUGACAGCCAUGCCGAGAGACAGGACGUCAUUCAUAAUGUCCUCCUGAUCAGCACAUUGGACACAAAAUUAUGCAUAUUUACCGUAUUUCCGGUGAUUGUUUUUCAAUAUAACCUGUAUGGGGAAGUUGGAUGUCUGUAAUUAAAGUCCCGACAGGAAGAUUUGUUAAAUAUGUGUGAAACCUCCCUACACAUCAGUCACUAUACGAAACACGAUUAAAGAUUGUUGUUACUGAUUCUGGUGUAAAUGCCAUUCGGCCUGUAUAUUCCUGAACAUUUUCUAAUCUUGGUGAUAUAUUAAUUCAGUCAUAACACAGCUGAUAAUUCGAUUAAAACAACAUGGCCUCCUUUGAGAUGAAAUCGAGAUCGGAGGAUACACAAGAAAUCGAGAACAAUAACCAAAACCAAAGAGAACCGGAAGUCGAGUUGGAACAAAGCCUGAAGCAUGCGCUGCAGCAACACUUUCGAAAUCCUUUCGCUGCUAGCUGUAGCGGCUGUAAAGUAGGCAGACCUAGUGAAACUCCAGUGAAGCUGGCAGUGCUCGCCAUCAAACUGUUAUUCGUCAUCGUUACAUUGGCGCAUUUUGGAAAUCAACGUGCCAGUUUUGCCAAAUAUAUUGACAGAAACAAUCUGGCACUGAAGCGCUUGUUACUACUGGACUGGACAAAUCUAUUCGAGACUAUGCCCUAUCCUCCGGCCACCGGACAAUACGCCCUGUAUAGUAUAGACGAAUUAAUGGCACAUCUCAACCACACCGUUCACAAGGUGACUACUUUACCUAUGACGUCAGUAGGGUCAUUAUUUGUGAGUAGUGACGAGGAUCACCCUGUCAAUAUUUGUGUGGAGUACUACGAUACGGGCAUAUACAACAGGACAACGAAAGACAUACAGUUUGAUCAGACUAGGAGGAAAGUGUGUCAUGAUAUUGGUAUUAACGACACUGACAACUACAACCUUAAUCCAACCAUCCCAGAACUGAUGCGAGGCGAAGCCGGAGCACUUGUGAGAUUGAUCCACCUACAAGUUGAGUUUGCCGUGGAUUCCAUUCAUGUAGACAUGGAGAAACCCGAUAUCAGCCCAAGAUGCUUCCACAUCCAAGGAAAGAUAUUGUUCGAUAACUCGGAUAUCAAUGGGCAGAUGCCUGUCCGACUCGAGUCAGACGUGUUGGAAAUGGUGUGCACACUCAACGGAGCUGUGACUAGUCGGAGUGACGUCAGUGCGUUUGUCCUGUGCAGCUUCAGUAUCCUGUUCACGUCACUAAGUCUAGUGUUCUGUUUGUGUUCUGUGGUUAAAUCGGUAUCUCUGUGCUGCAAGACGAGAAAAUACAUCAAGACCAAAUUUGACACUCCUUUAUCCCUGUCGGAGCAAUUGGAGAUUAUCAACGCGAGAGAGCUGGUAACCAUGGUGGGGGACGCGAUCAUGUUGACUGGACUUAUCCUCUACAUCGUACUCAACUCGAGGGUGAUGAGUUCAUCCUCCUUCCUGUACGAUCUAUGUGGUGUCCUGCUCGGCUCCAGCUUCAUCCUGAUCUGUUUCGGGGCCCUCCACUUCCUCUCCUUCAACAAGGGCUUCCAUAUUCUUUUCGAUGUGAUGGAGAAUUCAUUACUCCCUGUGUUCCGGUUCCUUGUAUGUGCGGCGAUACUGUUCAUAGCCUUCGCUCUGUGUGGCUGGAUGGUGAUGGGACCAUAUCACAUCAAGUUCACGUCGAUCUUCAGCACGUUCCGGUGCCUGUUCGGACUGAUUGCCGGAGAUGAGAUAUACGUGACGCUAGCUGCCAUUGAAGACGAGUUCUCGUUCCCAUGGUGGUUCUGUGCUGUCUUUGUCACACUUUACAUCACAAUAUUUACUAUCGUGGCGCUCAACAUUCUCAUCGCCAUCUUCACGGCCAGCUAUGACAGCAUAAAGAACAAGACUAAGAGGGACCGAGUGAAGAGUAACUUAAUCCGAUUUAUUGAUGAGUGACAUUGCUGUUAAGCCUUCUGAUAUUAUUGACUACCAGCAUACUUACACGUACAUGUAUGUUUAAUGCAAGUACCCUAGGGACAAUGACACACAGCUAUACUUACAUGUCACUAGGGUCAAGGAUGCGCAACCAAAUGUCACACAGGUCAAGGACACUGUUGAAAACAAUGUUUUUGAUGCAGAAGUUGACUUAUUUUACGCUUAAGUGGAUUCCUUAAUCUAACCUGGUAUAUCACAUUAAGGAAAUAAUGAUGCCAUAUUAGGGUAAAAACGUGCUUUAUUAAAACUGAUUACAUUACCGAUGCAGCUUAGGAUCGCUCAACUAAACGCAUGUUACGGACGGUGAAUUCGAUCUACAUUUUAUGCUUCAUUGACCUCCUUAAUGUCCCCUUU